AUGGACAUUGGCAAACUAAAAGAAAAAAAUGAAAAAACAGUAGAAACAUCCAGGGAAAAGGAAACAGAAUAUCAAGCAUUACUAGAGACUAUCAUGAAGUUUUCUAUGAUGCUGCAAGAAAAACAGUUUGAGUGCCAUUCAAUGAAGGAGAAGUCUUUUGCUUUUGAAGAGCUAUUGAAAGAAAAAAAAAAACAGAGCAAGACUGGGGAGUUCAUUCAGCUUGUAAAUACAGUUAAAUCAAUGCAGGAGAAGACACUUGUAUUUCAACAGGAGAGAGACCAAGUCAUGUUGGCCCUGAAACAAAAACAAAUGGAAAACACUGCCCUACAGAAUGAGGUCCAACGUUUACGUGACAAUGAAUUUCGAUCAAACCAGGAGCUAGAGAGAUUGUGCAAUCAUCUUCUAGCAUCAGAAGACUCUAAUACUUGUGAGGCCUUGGCCACAGAAGAUAGGGAGGCUCAACUAAGAAAGAAAGUCACAGUAUUGGAGGAAAAGCUAGUUUUAUCCUCUAAUGCAAUGGAAAAUGCAAGCCAUCAAGCCAGUGUACAGAUAGAGUCAUUGCAAGAACAAUUGAAUGUAGUCUCCAAGCAAAGGGAUGAAACUGCGCUGCAGCUUUCUGCCUCUCAGGAACAAGUAAAGCAGUAUGCUGUGUCAGUAUGCUCUGUCACUGGGCAACCUGCAGAUGGUACUACAGCAUUUCCAACAAGAGGAAAAUGCUAUGUAUUCUGCUGAACUAGAAAAGCAAAAACAGCUUACAGCUGAAUGGAAGAAAAAGGAG